CGUAAGUGCUCGUGUCGUCCUGAACCUUAUUUUUUUGGUUUCCUAAAGGGAACUUCGUUUUUUUAAUGUUUUCCCAAAAAUAAAUCUGACAUGCUUAUCUCAAUGAGGCGGCGAAGGAACAGGAGGAGGAAUGGGGGAGGAAGAUAAUGAAGGGAAGGAGGAAGAGGAGGAAGAAGAGGGGGAGGAGGAGGAGGAGUACGAAGAGAGAGAGAAGAGGAGGAAGAGGAGAAAGAGGCGGAGGAGGAGAAAGAGGAGGAGGCGGAGGAAGAGGACAAGAAGAGGAGGAGGAGGCGGAGGAAGAGGAGGAGGGGUCGAAGGCGUGGGGGAGGCAGAGGAGGAGAAGGAAGAGGAGGAAGAGGAGGAGAAGGAAGAGGAGGAAGAGGAGGAGAAGGAAGAGGAGGAAGAGGAGGAGAAGGAAGAGGAGGAAGAGGAAGACGAGGUGGAGCAAGAGGAAGAGGAAGAAGAAGAGGAAGAGGAAGAAGAGGAAGAGGAAGAGAAGGAAGAGGAGGAGGGGGGAGGAAGAGGAGGAGGGGCCGGAGAGAGAGUAACAGUGGUAGGAGGAGGAGGAGGCGGAGUAGAGGAAGGAGGAGGGAGGGAGGGAGGUGUAUUGGAGGGACAUGAAGGAGGGCUGUGUAUUGGAGGGGGAGGAAGGAGGACGGUGGAUCAGAGGGAAAGGAAGGAGCGCGGUGUCGGGCUGGUUCUGGAGGUUGUCUGGCUGGUUCUCAGGGUUGUCCGGCUGGUUCUCUGGAUUGUUGGGCUCGUUCUCGGGGUUGUCGGGCUCGUUCUCGGGGUUGUGGAGCUGGUUCUCUGGGUUGUCUGGCUGCUUCUCCGGGUCGUCCGGCUGGUUCUCUGGAUUGUCGGGCUCGUUCCCGAGGUUGUCGGGCUCGUUCUCGGGGUUGCUGGGCUCGUUUCUCGGGGUUGUCUCGCUGCUUCUCCAGGUUGUCCGGCGGUUCUCCGGGUUGUCUCGCUUGUUCUCUGGGUUGUCCGGCGGCUUCUCCUGCCUCGAUGUCCAGCUGUAGAGACAGACUGCUUUAUGGAGGGCAGACAAACAGCUCACGGCAAGAAAGGAAAGACAGAUGGAAAAUGGGAAAGGAAAGGGCAUGAGGCAACAAGGCAAAGGAGAACAAGCAACAACAACGCUGGAGGACAGGGAGGUGGGUGGGUGGGCACACAAAGGCACGAGACUCGACAAGGCAUAGGACAACAGGCAAUGGCAAAUAACAAGGGCUGGAAGUCACGGGGGAGGCAGGAGGGCAGACAAACAGCUCACGGCAAGAAAGGAAAGACAGAUGGAAAAUGGGAAAGGAAAGGGCAUGAGGCAACAAGGCAAAGGAGAACAAGCAACAACAACGCUGGAGGACAGGGAGGUGGGUGGGUGGGCACACAAAGGCACGAGACUCGACAAGGCAUAGGACAACAGGCAAUGGCAAAUAACAAGGGCUGGAAGUCACGGGGGAGGCAGGAGGGCAGACAAACAGCUCACGGCAAGAAAGGAAAGACAGAUGGAAAAUGGGAAAGGAAAGGGCAUGAGGCAACAAGGCAAAGGAGAACAAGCAACAACAACGCUGGAGGACAGGGAGGUGGGUGGGUGGGCACACAAAGGCACGAGACUCGACAAGGCAUAGGACAACAGGCAAUGGCAAAUAACAAGGGCUGGAAGUCACGGGGGAGGCAGGAGGGCAGACAAACAGCUCACGGCAAGAAAGGAAAGACAGAUGGAAAAUGGGAAAGGAAAGGGCAUGAGGCAACAAGGCAAAGGAGAACAAGCAACAACAACGCUGGAGGACAGGGAGGUGGGUGGGUGGGCACACAAAGGCACGAGACUCGACAAGGCAUAGGACAACAGGCAAUGGCAAAUAACAAGGGCUGGAAGUCACGGGGGAGGCAGGAGGGCAGACAAACAGCUCACGGCAAGAAAGGAAAGACAGAUGGAAAAUGGGAAAGGAAAGGGCAUGAGGCAACAAGGCAAAGGAGAACAAGCAACAACAACGCUGGAGGACAGGGAGGUGGGUGGGUGGGCACACAAAGGCACGAGACUCGACAAGGCAUAGGACAACAGGCAAUGGCAAAUAACAAGGGCUGGAAGUCACGGGGGAGGCAGGAGGGCAGACAAACAGCUCACGGCAAGAAAGGAAAGACAGAUGGAAAAUGGGAAAGGAAAGGGCAUGAGGCAACAAGGCAAAGGAGAACAAGCAACAACAACGCUGGAGGACAGGGAGGUGGGUGGGUGGGCACACAAAGGCACGAGACUCGACAAGGCAUAGGACAACAGGCAAUGGCAAAUAACAAGGGCUGGAAGUCACGGGGGAGGCAGGAGGGCAGACAAACAGCUCACGGCAAGAAAGGAAAGACAGAUGGAAAAUGGGAAAGGAAAGGGCAUGAGGCAACAAGGCAAAGGAGAACAAGCAACAACAACGCUGGAGGACAGGGAGGUGGGUGGGUGGGCACACAAAGGCACGAGACUCGACAAGGCAUAGGACAACAGGCAAUGGCAAAUAACAAGGGCUGGAAGUCACGGGGGAGGCAGGAGGGCAGACAAACAGCUCACGGCAAGAAAGGAAAGACAGAUGGAAAAUGGGAAAGGAAAGGGCAUGAGGCAACAAGGCAAAGGAGAACAAGCAACAACAACGCUGGAGGACAGGGAGGUGGGUGGGUGGGCACACAAAGGCACGAGACUCGACAAGGCAUAGGACAACAGGCAAUGGCAAAUAACAAGGGCUGGAAGUCACGGGGGAGGCAGGAGGGCAGACAAACAGCUCACGGCAAGAAAGGAAAGACAGAUGGAAAAUGGGAAAGGAAAGGGCAUGAGGCAACAAGGCAAAGGAGAACAAGCAACAACAACGCUGGAGGACAGGGAGGUGGGUGGGUGGGCACACAAAGGCACGAGACUCGACAAGGCAUAGGACAACAGGCAAUGGCAAAUAACAAGGGCUGGAAGUCACGGGGGAGGCAGGAGGGCAGACAAACAGCUCACGGCAAGAAAGGAAAGACAGAUGGAAAAUGGGAAAGGAAAGGGCAUGAGGCAACAAGGCAAAGGAGAACAAGCAACAACAACGCUGGAGGACAGGGAGGUGGGUGGGUGGGCACACAAAGGCACGAGACUCGACAAGGCAUAGGACAACAGGCAAUGGCAAAUAACAAGGGCUGGAAGUCACGGGGGAGGCAGGAGGGCAGACAAACAGCUCACGGCAAGAAAGGAAAGACAGAUGGAAAAUGGGAAAGGAAAGGGCAUGAGGCAACAAGGCAAAGGAGAACAAGCAACAACAACGCUGGAGGACAGGGAGGUGGGUGGGUGGGCACACAAAGGCACGAGACUCGACAAGGCAUAGGACAACAGGCAAUGGCAAAUAACAAGGGCUGGAAGUCACGGGGGAGGCAGGAGGGCAGACAAACAGCUCACGGCAAGAAAGGAAAGACAGAUGGAAAAUGGGAAAGGAAAGGGCAUGAGGCAACAAGGCAAAGGAGAACAAGCAACAACAACGCUGGAGGACAGGGAGGUGGGUGGGUGGGCACACAAAGGCACGAGACUCGACAAGGCAUAGGACAACAGGCAAUGGCAAAUAACAAGGGCUGGAAGUCACGGGGGAGGCAGGAGGGCAGACAAACAGCUCACGGCAAGAAAGGAAAGACAGAUGGAAAAUGGGAAAGGAAAGGGCAUGAGGCAACAAGGCAAAGGAGAACAAGCAACAACAACGCUGGAGGACAGGGAGGUGGGUGGGUGGGCACACAAAGGCACGAGACUCGACAAGGCAUAGGACAACAGGCAAUGGCAAAUAACAAGGGCUGGAAGUCACGGGGGAGGCAGGAGGGCAGACAAACAGCUCACGGCAAGAAAGGAAAGACAGAUGGAAAAUGGGAAAGGAAAGGGCAUGAGGCAACAAGGCAAAGGAGAACAAGCAACAACAACGCUGGAGGACAGGGAGGUGGGUGGGUGGGCACACAAAGGCACGAGACUCGACAAGGCAUAGGACAACAGGCAAUGGCAAAUAACAAGGGCUGGAAGUCACGGGGGAGGCAGGAGGGCAGACAAACAGCUCACGGCAAGAAAGGAAAGACAGAUGGAAAAUGGGAAAGGAAAGGGCAUGAGGCAACAAGGCAAAGGAGAACAAGCAACAACAACGCUGGAGGACAGGGAGGUGGGUGGGUGGGCACACAAAGGCACGAGACUCGACAAGGCAUAGGACAACAGGCAAUGGCAAAUAACAAGGGCUGGAAGUCACGGGGGAGGCAGGAGGGCAGACAAACAGCUCACGGCAAGAAAGGAAAGACAGAUGGAAAAUGGGAAAGGAAAGGGCAUGAGGCAACAAGGCAAAGGAGAACAAGCAACAACAACGCUGGAGGACAGGGAGGUGGGUGGGUGGGCACACAAAGGCACGAGACUCGACAAGGCAUAGGACAACAGGCAAUGGCAAAUAACAAGGGCUGGAAGUCACGGGGGAGGCAGGAGGGCAGACAAACAGCUCACGGCAAGAAAGGAAAGACAGAUGGAAAAUGGGAAAGGAAAGGGCAUGAGGCAACAAGGCAAAGGAGAACAAGCAACAACAACGCUGGAGGACAGGGAGGUGGGUGGGUGGGCACACAAAGGCACGAGACUCGACAAGGCAUAGGACAACAGGCAAUGGCAAAUAACAAGGGCUGGAAGUCACGGGGGAGGCAGGAGGGCAGACAAACAGCUCACGGCAAGAAAGGAAAGACAGAUGGAAAAUGGGAAAGGAAAGGGCAUGAGGCAACAAGGCAAAGGAGAACAAGCAACAACAACGCUGGAGGACAGGGAGGUGGGUGGGUGGGCACACAAAGGCACGAGACUCGACAAGGCAUAGGACAACAGGCAAUGGCAAAUAACAAGGGCUGGAAGUCACGGGGGAGGCAGGAGGGCAGACAAACAGCUCACGGCAAGAAAGGAAAGACAGAUGGAAAAUGGGAAAGGAAAGGGCAUGAGGCAACAAGGCAAAGGAGAACAAGCAACAACAACGCUGGAGGACAGGGAGGUGGGUGGGUGGGCACACAAAGGCACGAGACUCGACAAGGCAUAGGACAACAGGCAAUGGCAAAUAACAAGGGCUGGAAGUCACGGGGGAGGCAGGAGGGCAGACAAACAGCUCACGGCAAGAAAGGAAAGACAGAUGGAAAAUGGGAAAGGAAAGGGCAUGAGGCAACAAGGCAAAGGAGAACAAGCAACAACAACGCUGGAGGACAGGGAGGUGGGUGGGUGGGCACACAAAGGCACGAGACUCGACAAGGCAUAGGACAACAGGCAAUGGCAAAUAACAAGGGCUGGAAGUCACGGGGGAGGCAGGAGGGCAGACAAACAGCUCACGGCAAGAAAGGAAAGACAGAUGGAAAAUGGGAAAGGAAAGGGCAUGAGGCAACAAGGCAAAGGAGAACAAGCAACAACAACGCUGGAGGACAGGGAGGUGGGUGGGUGGGCACACAAAGGCACGAGACUCGACAAGGCAUAGGACAACAGGCAAUGGCAAAUAACAAGGGCUGGAAGUCACGGGGGAGGCAGGAGGGCAGACAAACAGCUCACGGCAAGAAAGGAAAGACAGAUGGAAAAUGGGAAAGGAAAGGGCAUGAGGCAACAAGGCAAAGGAGAACAAGCAACAACAACGCUGGAGGACAGGGAGGUGGGUGGGUGGGCACACAAAGGCACGAGACUCGACAAGGCAUAGGACAACAGGCAAUGGCAAAUAACAAGGGCUGGAAGUCACGGGGGAGGCAGGAGGGCAGACAAACAGCUCACGGCAAGAAAGGAAAGACAGAUGGAAAAUGGGAAAGGAAAGGGCAUGAGGCAACAAGGCAAAGGAGAACAAGCAACAACAACGCUGGAGGACAGGGAGGUGGGUGGGUGGGCACACAAAGGCACGAGACUCGACAAGGCAUAGGACAACAGGCAAUGGCAAAUAACAAGGGCUGGAAGUCACGGGGGAGGCAGGAGGGCAGACAAACAGCUCACGGCAAGAAAGGAAAGACAGAUGGAAAAUGGGAAAGGAAAGGGCAUGAGGCAACAAGGCAAAGGAGAACAAGCAACAACAACGCUGGAGGACAGGGAGGUGGGUGGGUGGGCACACAAAGGCACGAGACUCGACAAGGCAUAGGACAACAGGCAAUGGCAAAUAACAAGGGCUGGAAGUCACGGGGGAGGCAGGAGGGCAGACAAACAGCUCACGGCAAGAAAGGAAAGACAGAUGGAAAAUGGGAAAGGAAAGGGCAUGAGGCAACAAGGCAAAGGAGAACAAGCAACAACAACGCUGGAGGACAGGGAGGUGGGUGGGUGGGCACACAAAGGCACGAGACUCGACAAGGCAUAGGACAACAGGCAAUGGCAAAUAACAAGGGCUGGAAGUCACGGGGGAGGCAGGAGGGCAGACAAACAGCUCACGGCAAGAAAGGAAAGACAGAUGGAAAAUGGGAAAGGAAAGGGCAUGAGGCAACAAGGCAAAGGAGAACAAGCAACAACAACGCUGGAGGACAGGGAGGUGGGUGGGUGGGCACACAAAGGCACGAGACUCGACAAGGCAUAGGACAACAGGCAAUGGCAAAUAACAAGGGCUGGAAGUCACGGGGGAGGCAGGAGGGCAGACAAACAGCUCACGGCAAGAAAGGAAAGACAGAUGGAAAAUGGGAAAGGAAAGGGCAUGAGGCAACAAGGCAAAGGAGAACAAGCAACAACAACGCUGGAGGACAGGGAGGUGGGUGGGUGGGCACACAAAGGCACGAGACUCGACAAGGCAUAGGACAACAGGCAAUGGCAAAUAACAAGGGCUGGAAGUCACGGGGGAGGCAGGAGGGCAGACAAACAGCUCACGGCAAGAAAGGAAAGACAGAUGGAAAAUGGGAAAGGAAAGGGCAUGAGGCAACAAGGCAAAGGAGAACAAGCAACAACAACGCUGGAGGACAGGGAGGUGGGUGGGUGGGCACACAAAGGCACGAGACUCGACAAGGCAUAGGACAACAGGCAAUGGCAAAUAACAAGGGCUGGAAGUCACGGGGGAGGCAGGAGGGCAGACAAACAGCUCACGGCAAGAAAGGAAAGACAGAUGGAAAAUGGGAAAGGAAAGGGCAUGAGGCAACAAGGCAAAGGAGAACAAGCAACAACAACGCUGGAGGACAGGGAGGUGGGUGGGUGGGCACACAAAGGCACGAGACUCGACAAGGCAUAGGACAACAGGCAAUGGCAAAUAACAAGGGCUGGAAGUCACGGGGGAGGCAGGAGGGCAGACAAACAGCUCACGGCAAGAAAGGAAAGACAGAUGGAAAAUGGGAAAGGAAAGGGCAUGAGGCAACAAGGCAAAGGAGAACAAGCAACAACAACGCUGGAGGACAGGGAGGUGGGUGGGUGGGCACACAAAGGCACGAGACUCGACAAGGCAUAGGACAACAGGCAAUGGCAAAUAACAAGGGCUGGAAGUCACGGGGGAGGCAGGAGGGCAGACAAACAGCUCACGGCAAGAAAGGAAAGACAGAUGGAAAAUGGGAAAGGAAAGGGCAUGAGGCAACAAGGCAAAGGAGAACAAGCAACAACAACGCUGGAGGACAGGGAGGUGGGUGGGUGGGCACACAAAGGCACGAGACUCGACAAGGCAUAGGACAACAGGCAAUGGCAAAUAACAAGGGCUGGAAGUCACGGGGGAGGCAGGAGGGCAGACAAACAGCUCACGGCAAGAAAGGAAAGACAGAUGGAAAAUGGGAAAGGAAAGGGCAUGAGGCAACAAGGCAAAGGAGAACAAGCAACAACAACGCUGGAGGACAGGGAGGUGGGUGGGUGGGCACACAAAGGCACGAGACUCGACAAGGCAUAGGACAACAGGCAAUGGCAAAUAACAAGGGCUGGAAGUCACGGGGGAGGCAGGAGGGCAGACAAACAGCUCACGGCAAGAAAGGAAAGACAGAUGGAAAAUGGGAAAGGAAAGGGCAUGAGGCAACAAGGCAAAGGAGAACAAGCAACAACAACGCUGGAGGACAGGGAGGUGGGUGGGUGGGCACACAAAGGCACGAGACUCGACAAGGCAUAGGACAACAGGCAAUGGCAAAUAACAAGGGCUGGAAGUCACGGGGGAGGCAGGAGGGCAGACAAACAGCUCACGGCAAGAAAGGAAAGACAGAUGGAAAAUGGGAAAGGAAAGGGCAUGAGGCAACAAGGCAAAGGAGAACAAGCAACAACAACGCUGGAGGACAGGGAGGUGGGUGGGUGGGCACACAAAGGCACGAGACUCGACAAGGCAUAGGACAACAGGCAAUGGCAAAUAACAAGGGCUGGAAGUCACGGGGGAGGCAGGAGGGCAGACAAACAGCUCACGGCAAGAAAGGAAAGACAGAUGGAAAAUGGGAAAGGAAAGGGCAUGAGGCAACAAGGCAAAGGAGAACAAGCAACAACAACGCUGGAGGACAGGGAGGUGGGUGGGUGGGCACACAAAGGCACGAGACUCGACAAGGCAUAGGACAACAGGCAAUGGCAAAUAACAAGGGCUGGAAGUCACGGGGGAGGCAGGAGGGCAGACAAACAGCUCACGGCAAGAAAGGAAAGACAGAUGGAAAAUGGGAAAGGAAAGGGCAUGAGGCAACAAGGCAAAGGAGAACAAGCAACAACAACGCUGGAGGACAGGGAGGUGGGUGGGUGGGCACACAAAGGCACGAGACUCGACAAGGCAUAGGACAACAGGCAAUGGCAAAUAACAAGGGCUGGAAGUCACGGGGGAGGCAGGAGGGCAGACAAACAGCUCACGGCAAGAAAGGAAAGACAGAUGGAAAAUGGGAAAGGAAAGGGCAUGAGGCAACAAGGCAAAGGAGAACAAGCAACAACAACGCUGGAGGACAGGGAGGUGGGUGGGUGGGCACACAAAGGCACGAGACUCGACAAGGCAUAGGACAACAGGCAAUGGCAAAUAACAAGGGCUGGAAGUCACGGGGGAGGCAGGAGGGCAGACAAACAGCUCACGGCAAGAAAGGAAAGACAGAUGGAAAAUGGGAAAGGAAAGGGCAUGAGGCAACAAGGCAAAGGAGAACAAGCAACAACAACGCUGGAGGACAGGGAGGUGGGUGGGUGGGCACACAAAGGCACGAGACUCGACAAGGCAUAGGACAACAGGCAAUGGCAAAUAACAAGGGCUGGAAGUCACGGGGGAGGCAGGAGGGCAGACAAACAGCUCACGGCAAGAAAGGAAAGACAGAUGGAAAAUGGGAAAGGAAAGGGCAUGAGGCAACAAGGCAAAGGAGAACAAGCAACAACAACGCUGGAGGACAGGGAGGUGGGUGGGUGGGCACACAAAGGCACGAGACUCGACAAGGCAUAGGACAACAGGCAAUGGCAAAUAACAAGGGCUGGAAGUCACGGGGGAGGCAGGAGGGCAGACAAACAGCUCACGGCAAGAAAGGAAAGACAGAUGGAAAAUGGGAAAGGAAAGGGCAUGAGGCAACAAGGCAAAGGAGAACAAGCAACAACAACGCUGGAGGACAGGGAGGUGGGUGGGUGGGCACACAAAGGCACGAGACUCGACAAGGCAUAGGACAACAGGCAAUGGCAAAUAACAAGGGCUGGAAGUCACGGGGGAGGCAGGAGGGCAGACAAACAGCUCACGGCAAGAAAGGAAAGACAGAUGGAAAAUGGGAAAGGAAAGGGCAUGAGGCAACAAGGCAAAGGAGAACAAGCAACAACAACGCUGGAGGACAGGGAGGUGGGUGGGUGGGCACACAAAGGCACGAGACUCGACAAGGCAUAGGACAACAGGCAAUGGCAAAUAACAAGGGCUGGAAGUCACGGGGGAGGCAGGAGGGCAGACAAACAGCUCACGGCAAGAAAGGAAAGACAGAUGGAAAAUGGGAAAGGAAAGGGCAUGAGGCAACAAGGCAAAGGAGAACAAGCAACAACAACGCUGGAGGACAGGGAGGUGGGUGGGUGGGCACACAAAGGCACGAGACUCGACAAGGCAUAGGACAACAGGCAAUGGCAAAUAACAAGGGCUGGAAGUCACGGGGGAGGCAGGAGGGCAGACAAACAGCUCACGGCAAGAAAGGAAAGACAGAUGGAAAAUGGGAAAGGAAAGGGCAUGAGGCAACAAGGCAAAGGAGAACAAGCAACAACAACGCUGGAGGACAGGGAGGUGGGUGGGUGGGCACACAAAGGCACGAGACUCGACAAGGCAUAGGACAACAGGCAAUGGCAAAUAACAAGGGCUGGAAGUCACGGGGGAGGCAGGAGGGCAGACAAACAGCUCACGGCAAGAAAGGAAAGACAGAUGGAAAAUGGGAAAGGAAAGGGCAUGAGGCAACAAGGCAAAGGAGAACAAGCAACAACAACGCUGGAGGACAGGGAGGUGGGUGGGUGGGCACACAAAGGCACGAGACUCGACAAGGCAUAGGACAACAGGCAAUGGCAAAUAACAAGGGCUGGAAGUCACGGGGGAGGCAGGAGGGCAGACAAACAGCUCACGGCAAGAAAGGAAAGACAGAUGGAAAAUGGGAAAGGAAAGGGCAUGAGGCAACAAGGCAAAGGAGAACAAGCAACAACAACGCUGGAGGACAGGGAGCUCACGGCAAGAAAGGAAAGACAGAUGGAAAAUGGGAAAGGAAAGGGCAUGAGGCAACAAGGCAAAGGAGAACAAGCAACAACAACGCUGGAGGACAGGGAGGUGGGUGGGUGGGCACACAAAGGCACGAGACUCGACAAGGCAUAGGACAACAGGCAAUGGCAAAUAACAAGGGCUGGAAGUCACGGGGGAGGCAGGAGGGCAGACAAACAGCUCACGGCAAGAAAGGAAAGACAGAUGGAAAAUGGGAAAGGAAAGGGCAUGAGGCAACAAGGCAAAGGAGAACAAGCAACAACAACGCUGGAGGACAGGGAGGUGGGUGGGUGGGCACACAAAGGCACGAGACUCGACAAGGCAUAGGACAACAGGCAAUGGCAAAUAACAAGGGCUGGAAGUCACGGGGGAGGCAGGAGGGCAGACAAACAGCUCACGGCAAGAAAGGAAAGACAGAUGGAAAAUGGGAAAGGAAAGGGCAUGAGGCAACAAGGCAAAGGAGAACAAGCAACAACAACGCUGGAGGACAGGGAGGUGGGUGGGUGGGCACACAAAGGCACGAGACUCGACAAGGCAUAGGACAACAGGCAAUGGCAAAUAACAAGGGCUGGAAGUCACGGGGGAGGCAGGAGGGCAGACAAACAGCUCACGGCAAGAAAGGAAAGACAGAUGGAAAAUGGGAAAGGAAAGGGCAUGAGGCAACAAGGCAAAGGAGAACAAGCAACAACAACGCUGGAGGACAGGGAGGUGGGUGGGUGGGCACACAAAGGCACGAGACUCGACAAGGCAUAGGACAACAGGCAAUGGCAAAUAACAAGGGCUGGAAGUCACGGGGGAGGCAGGAGGGCAGACAAACAGCUCACGGCAAGAAAGGAAAGACAGAUGGAAAAUGGGAAAGGAAAGGGCAUGAGGCAACAAGGCAAAGGAGAACAAGCAACAACAACGCUGGAGGACAGGGAGGUGGGUGGGUGGGCACACAAAGGCACGAGACUCGACAAGGCAUAGGACAACAGGCAAUGGCAAAUAACAAGGGCUGGAAGUCACGGGGGAGGCAGGAGGGCAGACAAACAGCUCACGGCAAGAAAGGAAAGACAGAUGGAAAAUGGGAAAGGAAAGGGCAUGAGGCAACAAGGCAAAGGAGAACAAGCAACAACAACGCUGGAGGACAGGGAGGUGGGUGGGUGGGCACACAAAGGCACGAGACUCGACAAGGCAUAGGACAACAGGCAAUGGCAAAUAACAAGGGCUGGAAGUCACGGGGGAGGCAGGAGGGCAGACAAACAGCUCACGGCAAGAAAGGAAAGACAGAUGGAAAAUGGGAAAGGAAAGGGCAUGAGGCAACAAGGCAAAGGAGAACAAGCAACAACAACGCUGGAGGACAGGGAGGUGGGUGGGUGGGCACACAAAGGCACGAGACUCGACAAGGCAUAGGACAACAGGCAAUGGCAAAUAACAAGGGCUGGAAGUCACGGGGGAGGCAGGAGGGCAGACAAACAGCUCACGGCAAGAAAGGAAAGACAGAUGGAAAAUGGGAAAGGAAAGGGCAUGAGGCAACAAGGCAAAGGAGAACAAGCAACAACAACGCUGGAGGACAGGGAGGUGGGUGGGUGGGCACACAAAGGCACGAGACUCGACAAGGCAUAGGACAACAGGCAAUGGCAAAUAACAAGGGCUGGAAGUCACGGGGGAGGCAGGAGGGCAGACAAACAGCUCACGGCAAGAAAGGAAAGACAGAUGGAAAAUGGGAAAGGAAAGGGCAUGAGGCAACAAGGCAAAGGAGAACAAGCAACAACAACGCUGGAGGACAGGGAGGUGGGUGGGUGGGCACACAAAGGCACGAGACUCGACAAGGCAUAGGACAACAGGCAAUGGCAAAUAACAAGGGCUGGAAGUCACGGGGGAGGCAGGAGGGCAGACAAACAGCUCACGGCAAGAAAGGAAAGACAGAUGGAAAAUGGGAAAGGAAAGGGCAUGAGGCAACAAGGCAAAGGAGAACAAGCAACAACAACGCUGGAGGACAGGGAGGUGGGUGGGUGGGCACACAAAGGCACGAGACUCGACAAGGCAUAGGACAACAGGCAAUGGCAAAUAACAAGGGCUGGAAGUCACGGGGGAGGCAGGAGGGCAGACAAACAGCUCACGGCAAGAAAGGAAAGACAGAUGGAAAAUGGGAAAGGAAAGGGCAUGAGGCAACAAGGCAAAGGAGAACAAGCAACAACAACGCUGGAGGACAGGGAGGUGGGUGGGUGGGCACACAAAGGCACGAGACUCGACAAGGCAUAGGACAACAGGCAAUGGCAAAUAACAAGGGCUGGAAGUCACGGGGGAGGCAGGAGGGCAGACAAACAGCUCACGGCAAGAAAGGAAAGACAGAUGGAAAAUGGGAAAGGAAAGGGCAUGAGGCAACAAGGCAAAGGAGAACAAGCAACAACAACGCUGGAGGACAGGGAGGUGGGUGGGUGGGCACACAAAGGCACGAGACUCGACAAGGCAUAGGACAACAGGCAAUGGCAAAUAACAAGGGCUGGAAGUCACGGGGGAGGCAGGAGGGCAGACAAACAGCUCACGGCAAGAAAGGAAAGACAGAUGGAAAAUGGGAAAGGAAAGGGCAUGAGGCAACAAGGCAAAGGAGAACAAGCAACAACAACGCUGGAGGACAGGGAGGUGGGUGGGUGGGCACACAAAGGCACGAGACUCGACAAGGCAUAGGACAACAGGCAAUGGCAAAUAACAAGGGCUGGAAGUCACGGGGGAGGCAGGAGGGCAGACAAACAGCUCACGGCAAGAAAGGAAAGACAGAUGGAAAAUGGGAAAGGAAAGGGCAUGAGGCAACAAGGCAAAGGAGAACAAGCAACAACAACGCUGGAGGACAGGGAGGUGGGUGGGUGGGCACACAAAGGCACGAGACUCGACAAGGCAUAGGACAACAGGCAAUGGCAAAUAACAAGGGCUGGAAGUCACGGGGGAGGCAGGAGGGCAGACAAACAGCUCACGGCAAGAAAGGAAAGACAGAUGGAAAAUGGGAAAGGAAAGGGCAUGAGGCAACAAGGCAAAGGAGAACAAGCAACAACAACGCUGGAGGACAGGGAGGUGGGUGGGUGGGCACACAAAGGCACGAGACUCGACAAGGCAUAGGACAACAGGCAAUGGCAAAUAACAAGGGCUGGAAGUCACGGGGGAGGCAGGAGGGCAGACAAACAGCUCACGGCAAGAAAGGAAAGACAGAUGGAAAAUGGGAAAGGAAAGGGCAUGAGGCAACAAGGCAAAGGAGAACAAGCAACAACAACGCUGGAGGACAGGGAGGUGGGUGGGUGGGCACACAAAGGCACGAGACUCGACAAGGCAUAGGACAACAGGCAAUGGCAAAUAACAAGGGCUGGAAGUCACGGGGGAGGCAGGAGGGCAGACAAACAGCUCACGGCAAGAAAGGAAAGACAGAUGGAAAAUGGGAAAGGAAAGGGCAUGAGGCAACAAGGCAAAGGAGAACAAGCAACAACAACGCUGGAGGACAGGGAGGUGGGUGGGUGGGCACACAAAGGCACGAGACUCGACAAGGCAUAGGACAACAGGCAAUGGCAAAUAACAAGGGCUGGAAGUCACGGGGGAGGCAGGAGGGCAGACAAACAGCUCACGGCAAGAAAGGAAAGACAGAUGGAAAAUGGGAAAGGAAAGGGCAUGAGGCAACAAGGCAAAGGAGAACAAGCAACAACAACGCUGGAGGACAGGGAGGUGGGUGGGUGGGCACACAAAGGCACGAGACUCGACAAGGCAUAGGACAACAGGCAAUGGCAAAUAACAAGGGCUGGAAGUCACGGGGGAGGCAGGAGGGCAGACAAACAGCUCACGGCAAGAAAGGAAAGACAGAUGGAAAAUGGGAAAGGAAAGGGCAUGAGGCAACAAGGCAAAGGAGAACAAGCAACAACAACGCUGGAGGACAGGGAGGUGGGUGGGUGGGCACACAAAGGCACGAGACUCGACAAGGCAUAGGACAACAGGCAAUGGCAAAUAACAAGGGCUGGAAGUCACGGGGGAGGCAGGAGGGCAGACAAACAGCUCACGGCAAGAAAGGAAAGACAGAUGGAAAAUGGGAAAGGAAAGGGCAUGAGGCAACAAGGCAAAGGAGAACAAGCAACAACAACGCUGGAGGACAGGGAGGUGGGUGGGUGGGCACACAAAGGCACGAGACUCGACAAGGCAUAGGACAACAGGCAAUGGCAAAUAACAAGGGCUGGAAGUCACGGGGGAGGCAGGAGGGCAGACAAACAGCUCACGGCAAGAAAGGAAAGACAGAUGGAAAAUGGGAAAGGAAAGGGCAUGAGGCAACAAGGCAAAGGAGAACAAGCAACAACAACGCUGGAGGACAGGGAGGUGGGUGGGUGGGCACACAAAGGCACGAGACUCGACAAGGCAUAGGACAACAGGCAAUGGCAAAUAACAAGGGCUGGAAGUCACGGGGGAGGCAGGAGGGCAGACAAACAGCUCACGGCAAGAAAGGAAAGACAGAUGGAAAAUGGGAAAGGAAAGGGCAUGAGGCAACAAGGCAAAGGAGAACAAGCAACAACAACGCUGGAGGACAGGGAGGUGGGUGGGUGGGCACACAAAGGCACGAGACUCGACAAGGCAUAGGACAACAGGCAAUGGCAAAUAACAAGGGCUGGAAGUCACGGGGGAGGCAGGAGGGCAGACAAACAGCUCACGGCAAGAAAGGAAAGACAGAUGGAAAAUGGGAAAGGAAAGGGCAUGAGGCAACAAGGCAAAGGAGAACAAGCAACAACAACGCUGGAGGACAGGGAGGUGGGUGGGUGGGCACACAAAGGCACGAGACUCGACAAGGCAUAGGACAACAGGCAAUGGCAAAUAACAAGGGCUGGAAGUCACGGGGGAGGCAGGAGGGCAGACAAACAGCUCACGGCAAGAAAGGAAAGACAGAUGGAAAAUGGGAAAGGAAAGGGCAUGAGGCAACAAGGCAAAGGAGAACAAGCAACAACAACGCUGGAGGACAGGGAGGUGGGUGGGUGGGCACACAAAGGCACGAGACUCGACAAGGCAUAGGACAACAGGCAAUGGCAAAUAACAAGGGCUGGAAGUCACGGGGGAGGCAGGAGGGCAGACAAACAGCUCACGGCAAGAAAGGAAAGACAGAUGGAAAAUGGGAAAGGAAAGGGCAUGAGGCAACAAGGCAAAGGAGAACAAGCAACAACAACGCUGGAGGACAGGGAGGUGGGUGGGUGGGCACACAAAGGCACGAGACUCGACAAGGCAUAGGACAACAGGCAAUGGCAAAUAACAAGGGCUGGAAGUCACGGGGGAGGCAGGAGGGCAGACAAACAGCUCACGGCAAGAAAGGAAAGACAGAUGGAAAAUGGGAAAGGAAAGGGCAUGAGGCAACAAGGCAAAGGAGAACAAGCAACAACAACGCUGGAGGACAGGGAGGUGGGUGGGUGGGCACACAAAGGCACGAGACUCGACAAGGCAUAGGACAACAGGCAAUGGCAAAUAACAAGGGCUGGAAGUCACGGGGGAGGCAGGAGGGCAGACAAACAGCUCACGGCAAGAAAGGAAAGACAGAUGGAAAAUGGGAAAGGAAAGGGCAUGAGGCAACAAGGCAAAGGAGAACAAGCAACAACAACGCUGGAGGACAGGGAGGUGGGUGGGUGGGCACACAAAGGCACGAGACUCGACAAGGCAUAGGACAACAGGCAAUGGCAAAUAACAAGGGCUGGAAGUCACGGGGGAGGCAGGAGGGCAGACAAACAGCUCACGGCAAGAAAGGAAAGACAGAUGGAAAAUGGGAAAGGAAAGGGCAUGAGGCAACAAGGCAAAGGAGAACAAGCAACAACAACGCUGGAGGACAGGGAGGUGGGUGGGUGGGCACACAAAGGCACGAGACUCGACAAGGCAUAGGACAACAGGCAAUGGCAAAUAACAAGGGCUGGAAGUCACGGGGGAGGCAGGAGGGCAGACAAACAGCUCACGGCAAGAAAGGAAAGACAGAUGGAAAAUGGGAAAGGAAAGGGCAUGAGGCAACAAGGCAAAGGAGAACAAGCAACAACAACGCUGGAGGACAGGGAGGUGGGUGGGUGGGCACACAAAGGCACGAGACUCGACAAGGCAUAGGACAACAGGCAAUGGCAAAUAACAAGGGCUGGAAGUCACGGGGGAGGCAGGAGGGCAGACAAACAGCUCACGGCAAGAAAGGAAAGACAGAUGGAAAAUGGGAAAGGAAAGGGCAUGAGGCAACAAGGCAAAGGAGAACAAGCAACAACAACGCUGGAGGACAGGGAGGUGGGUGGGUGGGCACACAAAGGCACGAGACUCGACAAGGCAUAGGACAACAGGCAAUGGCAAAUAACAAGGGCUGGAAGUCACGGGGGAGGCAGGAGGGCAGACAAACAGCUCACGGCAAGAAAGGAAAGACAGAUGGAAAAUGGGAAAGGAAAGGGCAUGAGGCAACAAGGCAAAGGAGAACAAGCAACAACAACGCUGGAGGACAGGGAGGUGGGUGGGUGGGCACACAAAGGCACGAGACUCGACAAGGCAUAGGACAACAGGCAAUGGCAAAUAACAAGGGCUGGAAGUCACGGGGGAGGCAGGAGGGCAGACAAACAGCUCACGGCAAGAAAGGAAAGACAGAUGGAAAAUGGGAAAGGAAAGGGCAUGAGGCAACAAGGCAAAGGAGAACAAGCAACAACAACGCUGGAGGACAGGGAGGUGGGUGGGUGGGCACACAAAGGCACGAGACUCGACAAGGCAUAGGACAACAGGCAAUGGCAAAUAACAAGGGCUGGAAGUCACGGGGGAGGCAGGAGGGCAGACAAACAGCUCACGGCAAGAAAGGAAAGACAGAUGGAAAAUGGGAAAGGAAAGGGCAUGAGGCAACAAGGCAAAGGAGAACAAGCAACAACAACGCUGGAGGACAGGGAGGUGGGUGGGUGGGCACACAAAGGCACGAGACUCGACAAGGCAUAGGACAACAGGCAAUGGCAAAUAACAAGGGCUGGAAGUCACGGGGGAGGCAGGAGGGCAGACAAACAGCUCACGGCAAGAAAGGAAAGACAGAUGGAAAAUGGGAAAGGAAAGGGCAUGAGGCAACAAGGCAAAGGAGAACAAGCAACAACAACGCUGGAGGACAGGGAGGUGGGUGGGUGGGCACACAAAGGCACGAGACUCGACAAGGCAUAGGACAACAGGCAAUGGCAAAUAACAAGGGCUGGAAGUCACGGGGGAGGCAGGAGGGCAGACAAACAGCUCACGGCAAGAAAGGAAAGACAGAUGGAAAAUGGGAAAGGAAAGGGCAUGAGGCAACAAGGCAAAGGAGAACAAGCAACAACAACGCUGGAGGACAGGGAGGUGGGUGGGUGGGCACACAAAGGCACGAGACUCGACAAGGCAUAGGACAACAGGCAAUGGCAAAUAACAAGGGCUGGAAGUCACGGGGGAGGCAGGAGGGCAGACAAACAGCUCACGGCAAGAAAGGAAAGACAGAUGGAAAAUGGGAAAGGAAAGGGCAUGAGGCAACAAGGCAAAGGAGAACAAGCAACAACAACGCUGGAGGACAGGGAGGUGGGUGGGUGGGCACACAAAGGCACGAGACUCGACAAGGCAUAGGACAACAGGCAAUGGCAAAUAACAAGGGCUGGAAGUCACGGGGGAGGCAGGAGGGCAGACAAACAGCUCACGGCAAGAAAGGAAAGACAGAUGGAAAAUGGGAAAGGAAAGGGCAUGAGGCAACAAGGCAAAGGAGAACAAGCAACAACAACGCUGGAGGACAGGGAGGUGGGUGGGUGGGCACACAAAGGCACGAGACUCGACAAGGCAUAGGACAACAGGCAAUGGCAAAUAACAAGGGCUGGAAGUCACGGGGGAGGCAGGAGGGCAGACAAACAGCUCACGGCAAGAAAGGAAAGACAGAUGGAAAAUGGGAAAGGAAAGGGCAUGAGGCAACAAGGCAAAGGAGAACAAGCAACAACAACGCUGGAGGACAGGGAGGUGGGUGGGUGGGCACACAAAGGCACGAGACUCGACAAGGCAUAGGACAACAGGCAAUGGCAAAUAACAAGGGCUGGAAGUCACGGGGGAGGCAGGAGGGCAGACAAACAGCUCACGGCAAGAAAGGAAAGACAGAUGGAAAAUGGGAAAGGAAAGGGCAUGAGGCAACAAGGCAAAGGAGAACAAGCAACAACAACGCUGGAGGACAGGGAGGUGGGUGGGUGGGCACACAAAGGCACGAGACUCGACAAGGCAUAGGACAACAGGCAAUGGCAAAUAACAAGGGCUGGAAGUCACGGGGGAGGCAGGAGGGCAGACAAACAGCUCACGGCAAGAAAGGAAAGACAGAUGGAAAAUGGGAAAGGAAAGGGCAUGAGGCAACAAGGCAAAGGAGAACAAGCAACAACAACGCUGGAGGACAGGGAGGUGGGUGGGUGGGCACACAAAGGCACGAGACUCGACAAGGCAUAGGACAACAGGCAAUGGCAAAUAACAAGGGCUGGAAGUCACGGGGGAGGCAGGAGGGCAGACAAACAGCUCACGGCAAGAAAGGAAAGACAGAUGGAAAAUGGGAAAGGAAAGGGCAUGAGGCAACAAGGCAAAGGAGAACAAGCAACAACAACGCUGGAGGACAGGGAGGUGGGUGGGUGGGCACACAAAGGCACGAGACUCGACAAGGCAUAGGACAACAGGCAAUGGCAAAUAACAAGGGCUGGAAGUCACGGGGGAGGCAGGAGGGCAGACAAACAGCUCACGGCAAGAAAGGAAAGACAGAUGGAAAAUGGGAAAGGAAAGGGCAUGAGGCAACAAGGCAAAGGAGAACAAGCAACAACAACGCUGGAGGACAGGGAGGUGGGUGGGUGGGCACACAAAGGCACGAGACUCGACAAGGCAUAGGACAACAGGCAAUGGCAAAUAACAAGGGCUGGAAGUCACGGGGGAGGCAGGAGGGCAGACAAACAGCUCACGGCAAGAAAGGAAAGACAGAUGGAAAAUGGGAAAGGAAAGGGCAUGAGGCAACAAGGCAAAGGAGAACAAGCAACAACAACGCUGGAGGACAGGGAGGUGGGUGGGUGGGCACACAAAGGCACGAGACUCGACAAGGCAUAGGACAACAGGCAAUGGCAAAUAACAAGGGCUGGAAGUCACGGGGGAGGCAGGAGGGCAGACAAACAGCUCACGGCAAGAAAGGAAAGACAGAUGGAAAAUGGGAAAGGAAAGGGCAUGAGGCAACAAGGCAAAGGAGAACAAGCAACAACAACGCUGGAGGACAGGGAGGUGGGUGGGUGGGCACACAAAGGCACGAGACUCGACAAGGCAUAGGACAACAGGCAAUGGCAAAUAACAAGGGCUGGAAGUCACGGGGGAGGCAGGAGGGCAGACAAACAGCUCACGGCAAGAAAGGAAAGACAGAUGGAAAAUGGGAAAGGAAAGGGCAUGAGGCAACAAGGCAAAGGAGAACAAGCAACAACAACGCUGGAGGACAGGGAGGUGGGUGGGUGGGCACACAAAGGCACGAGACUCGACAAGGCAUAGGACAACAGGCAAUGGCAAAUAACAAGGGCUGGAAGUCACGGGGGAGGCAGGAGGGCAGACAAACAGCUCACGGCAAGAAAGGAAAGACAGAUGGAAAAUGGGAAAGGAAAGGGCAUGAGGCAACAAGGCAAAGGAGAACAAGCAACAACAACGCUGGAGGACAGGGAGGUGGGUGGGUGGGCACACAAAGGCACGAGACUCGACAAGGCAUAGGACAACAGGCAAUGGCAAAUAACAAGGGCUGGAAGUCACGGGGGAGGCAGGAGGGCAGACAAACAGCUCACGGCAAGAAAGGAAAGACAGAUGGAAAAUGGGAAAGGAAAGGGCAUGAGGCAACAAGGCAAAGGAGAACAAGCAACAACAACGCUGGAGGACAGGGAGGUGGGUGGGUGGGCACACAAAGGCACGAGACUCGACAAGGCAUAGGACAACAGGCAAUGGCAAAUAACAAGGGCUGGAAGUCACGGGGGAGGCAGGAGGGCAGACAAACAGCUCACGGCAAGAAAGGAAAGACAGAUGGAAAAUGGGAAAGGAAAGGGCAUGAGGCAACAAGGCAAAGGAGAACAAGCAACAACAACGCUGGAGGACAGGGAGGUGGGUGGGUGGGCACACAAAGGCACGAGACUCGACAAGGCAUAGGACAACAGGCAAUGGCAAAUAACAAGGGCUGGAAGUCACGGGGGAGGCAGGAGGGCAGACAAACAGCUCACGGCAAGAAAGGAAAGACAGAUGGAAAAUGGGAAAGGAAAGGGCAUGAGGCAACAAGGCAAAGGAGAACAAGCAACAACAACGCUGGAGGACAGGGAGGUGGGUGGGUGGGCACACAAAGGCACGAGACUCGACAAGGCAUAGGACAACAGGCAAUGGCAAAUAACAAGGGCUGGAAGUCACGGGGGAGGCAGGAGGGCAGACAAACAGCUCACGGCAAGAAAGGAAAGACAGAUGGAAAAUGGGAAAGGAAAGGGCAUGAGGCAACAAGGCAAAGGAGAACAAGCAACAACAACGCUGGAGGACAGGGAGGUGGGUGGGUGGGCACACAAAGGCACGAGACUCGACAAGGCAUAGGACAACAGGCAAUGGCAAAUAACAAGGGCUGGAAGUCACGGGGGAGGCAGGAGGGCAGACAAACAGCUCACGGCAAGAAAGGAAAGACAGAUGGAAAAUGGGAAAGGAAAGGGCAUGAGGCAACAAGGCAAAGGAGAACAAGCAACAACAACGCUGGAGGACAGGGAGGUGGGUGGGUGGGCACACAAAGGCACGAGACUCGACAAGGCAUAGGACAACAGGCAAUGGCAAAUAACAAGGGCUGGAAGUCACGGGGGAGGCAGGAGGGCAGACAAACAGCUCACGGCAAGAAAGGAAAGACAGAUGGAAAAUGGGAAAGGAAAGGGCAUGAGGCAACAAGGCAAAGGAGAACAAGCAACAACAACGCUGGAGGACAGGGAGAGAAACUGGAAUUGGGGGCGAAGCUUGGCGAAGGAGCAUUUGGCGAAGUCAGAACGGCAUGGCUAGAAGAAGCUGGCAGGCGUGUUCCUGUUGCAGUCAAAUGCUUGUUUCAUUCAUCGUUGUCUUCGCUGAGGGUGCAGAGGGAUGGCGCGGUGGUGCAGAGCACGGCAGAUGCGGCGUUCGCGAAGGAAAUGGAGAUGCUCUUUUUCGCAUCGAAGCAUUGUGCAUUUGUGUGUCAGUUAAUUGGUAUCUGUCGAAAAGCCGGGAAGGUGUGCAUUGUAAUGAAGAAAUAUAAACACUCGAUCCGAGAUCUGAUGAGAAAGCAAAACGGCAAGCUCGAACUGAAGCAGCUUCUCAGGUAUGGUGCGCAUAUCUGUCGAGCUAUGGCUGAGCUUCACAAGAUGGGUGUUCUCAUGCGCGACUUGAAACCGGCAAACUUUCUCAUCGACGACUAUGAUUUUGCUGCCCGGCGGUCCAUUUUGGUGUUGCCUGGCGUUUCAUCCUCCGCAAAAAGCUUCCGAUCAGUCCAAGUGCAUCUAAUCCGGAUUGCAAUCCAGAUUCAUGUAGCUGGUGUUUCGUCCUCUGGAAAACGUACCUCCUUGUGGCAUGGGAUGCUUGGGACAUGGGAACACUUGGGACAUGGAGAUGCUUGGGACAUGGGGACACUUGGGACAUGGGGACGCUUGGGACAUGGGGACUCUGUCAGAAGAAGCAGCCCCUCGGGCAUCACCAGCAGCAGGAGGAGGGCAGGAGGAGGACUGGAGGAGGAGAAGAAUAAUGCUGCACCUGAGUUAGUGCUAGCAGCAGCAGCCCUGAUUUAGUGCGAGCAGCAGCAGCCCCCCGGGCAUCACCAGCAGCAGGAGGAGGAGGAGAGGAGGAGGACUGGAGGAGGAGGAGAAUAAUGCACAAAAAAACGAUGCUUGAUUGCAAAUUGAAACCGACUUUGCACAAUCUCAAAAUGGAAGUUGUGCAACCAUCUGCGAUCCGAUAGAUUGAGAAGAAGCUAAAUGAACAUGAUCACUGAAG